UUGUAACUUUUAUUUUCAAGUGAUCAUAACUUUAAGCAAAGUGAAAAUUUAAAACUUUUAUUCACAUGGGUUAGUGACUAACAUAGUUAUUAAGAUUCUUAAAAGGACCAGCAUCUAACUUACCUUCACAGGUGCAGCAAGACACUAUUCUUAAUUGGCUAGCUAUUUUGAAACAUUAACUUACCUAAAACAUUAAAGUUACAAAUAUUUUGAAACAUUUACACAUAAUUGUCCUUCAAAAUUGACUCACGGGAACAUGUACUUCCUCUUCUAAGAAGCUGACAGGUUCUCUUUUGAGUGGUGACUUUGAUAUCAUAACAGUGUAUUUUAGGUCCCACCCAUGUUCUUCCUUUCUUGCAUAUAUACAUGUUCUGACAGGAUUUGUUUGACCAUCUUGGAGCCUGUUGCUAUGGCCUAUAAGCAAGCCCCUAUACAUAAGGUACUGCUAUACAUAGUUACGAUCGAUAUGGACAAUUGAAAUUCCAAAAGAAUAGGAUCGAACCACAUGCAAUAGAUGUUUAGAACUCUGGUGUUCAACCAGCCAUAAACAGCUAGUUUGAAUCAUUAAUUGUCAUGGACCCAUGGGUCCAUUAAUUGCCCCAGGCCCCCCAAAGGUAAAGGACCACUACUGCAAUUGAAUUACCAUUGUUAAAGCUUCUGCUGCUAAAUGGUCCUGGUCGGUAUACAUUUUGGAAUGUAAUGUGAAAAUAUUUAGUAGUAUAUAAAAAAAAUAAAGUAGUAGCAUGAGAUCUUUAUGAACCAUAUAUUACAACAAACUCAUAACAAGAUAUUUAUAAUAGGCUAAUCCCAAACUAAUAUAAACUAGGAUACUUUAAUCUAAAAAAAAAAAAAAAAACUAGGAUACUUAGUAGAAUUAAGAUUUUGUUACUUGCACGUAAAGUAAGAUUAGAUUUGGACUUGAUUAAGAGUUGAGAAUGAUAUAAGAGAAUUAGAAUUCAGUAAUGAUAAUUCUUUUUUUAAUGUGCAGGCAUUGGAUGUAAGAUUAUAUAAAAAAUAAAAAUUAAUCUCAUCUCCUUAGAGAAAGUCAUGGAGCUAUUAGAAAAUAAAUAAGAAAUUUUUUUGUUGCAGAUUAGAUUUAUUUUACAAUGUGUACACCCGAACCUUUCAAAUGUAGCCUAGCCAUAAGAGACAGUAGAAGGGCCUCCUUCAAUCAUAUAUUUUCUAAAUAAUAUUUUACUCCUUUCACUAAAUUUCCCACUGCUUGUAACUGCCCAAAUUGAAAUUCUUCUAUCCCUUGUGAGUUUGAACUAAAAGGAAUUUUAAGAAUGACCUCCUUAUCCCUCUUCCCCAGCAAGUUAUCCAAUCUAUCAUGAUCCCAACACCUAUUAUCACUGUUUUAUAAAAAUAGCUUACCCGCAAAUCUUCCAUCCCCAAAGGCAUUGAUCUCAAUACUCUUAAAGUACUAGGUGUGGGAAGCCAUCUACCACCCCAAACCUUAACAUUUUCCCCACAGCCUAUACACCAUCUACUUCCUUUCUCUAUCACACUCUGCGCCUCUAAUAUACUCUUCCAUGUGAAUGAUGCAUUGGACUUCCACUUAGCUUCCAUAAAGGAGCAAUGUGGACAGUAUCUUGCUUGAGAAGAACAAAAGCCAAAGAAUCUUGCUCAUGCAUUAGCCUCCACCCGUGUUUUGCAAGCAAUGCCAUGGUACAAGCUUCAAGAUCCUGAAAACCAAACCCUCCUUAUUUGUUUUUACACAACUUUUCCCAUUUCUUCCAUCAAAUUUUCCUCCAUUUGUGCCCCAAUAAAACCGGUUCAACAUUAUCCCGAGCUCCCAAUUGCUUGGGCAACAACUUCCAUAAACUUUUAUGCAAAAGGGAUGCUCAUAGCUGCUUUAAGCCAUAAGGGUCUAGCAAUUACAGCAGCAGUGCAGGCAAUAAAAUUUUCCCAUGAGAUUGGGCUACGCGACAUUAUUCUAGAAGGAGACUCUUUUGAGCUUGAUUGAAAAGCUUCUGGCUCAUGAGGAAGACAGUUCAUGGUGGGCAAAUUUAGUACAAGAGGCAAAGAUGGGGUUAAUGCAGUUCCGAACCUGGGAGCCACUCCUGAUAUGAAUAUUUUGAAGCAGCUUGUGCUCACCAAACAUCGCUUCAGUGGUUUAACCAGGCAUUGUAGAGCACUGCGUUCUUCCUACCUCCAUUCAUCCACAGAUGCCUCAGUUGAAGUUCAUUCUCCAGAGCAGGAAGUAGUGAUUGCUUUGGGGAGCAAUGUGGGAGACAGACUAGAUAAUUUUAAUAACACCUUGGAGUUGAUGAACAAAUCAGGCAUAAAUAUUACAAGACAUGCUUGUUUGUAUGAAACAGCUCCGGCAUAUGUGACUGAUCAGCCUAACUUUCUCAAUUCUGCGGUCAGAGCCAUUACUAAACUCGGCCCACAUGAAUUACUGGGAGUGCUCAAGCAAAUUGAAAAGGACAUGGGUCGUUCCGAUGGUAUAAGGUAUGGUCCAAGGCCAAUUGACUUGGAUAUAUUGUUCUAUGGAAAGUUCAAGGUCCACUCUGAUAUUCUUACCAUACCCCAUGAAAGAAUUUGGGAGAGACCAUUUGUAAUGGCCCCUCUAAUGGAUUUAUUGGGAUCAUCUGCUGAUUGUGAUACAGUUACUUGUUGGCAUUCCUUUUCACCGCUAUCGGGUGGACUUUUAGAGUUUUGGGAGAAAAUGGGUGGUGAAUCCCUUAUUGGAAAGGAAGGCAUGAAAAGGGUUUUACCCAUUGAAAGUGGUUUAUGGGACUGGUCACAGAGAACCUCUAUCAUGGGUAUCCUUAAUGUGACCCCAGAUAGUUUUAGUGAUGGAGGAAAGUUUGUCUCUGUGGAGGCUGCAGUUACUCAGGCUCGCUUGAUGAUUUCUGAAGGGGCUGAUAUGAUCGAUAUUGGUGCUCAAUCUACACGGCCAAUGGCCUCUAGGAUAUCCGCUGAAGAAGAAUUAGAUAGACUAAUGCCUGUUUUAGAAGCUGUUGCAGGGAUGCCAGAGGCAGAGGGAAAGCUCAUAUCAGUUGAUACUUUCUAUUCAGGAGUUGCUUCUGAAGCAGUCAGCAAGGGGGCUCAUCUUGUAAACGAUGUAUCUGCUGGGCAAUUAGAUUCUAACAUGCUUAGGGUGGUCGCUAGCCUUAGGGUUCCAUAUAUUGCAAUGCACAUGAGAGGGGAACCACAUACAAUGCAAAAUAGCGAAAACCUGCAGUAUGAUGAUGUUUGUAAGCAGAUAGCGUCUGAAAUAUAUUCGAGGGUUAAGGAUGCAGAAUUAUCAGGUAUCCCAGCUUGGAGGGUAAUUAUUGACCCUGGAAUUGGAUUCUCAAAGAAAACUGAACAUGAUUUGGACAUCCUUGGGGGAUUACCAAACAUUCGUGCCGAGAUUGGAAGGAAAAGUUUUGGUGUCUCUCAUGCUCCCAUGCUGAUUGGACCCUCCAGAAAGAAAUUUUUAGGUCACAUUUGCUCUCGAAUUGUUGCAGAUGAGAGAGAUCCUGCCACUAUUGCUUGUGUCACUGCCGGUGUUUUGGGUGGAGCAAAUAUUGUACGAGUACAUAAUGUAAGAGACAAUGCAGACUCUGUAAAGGUCUGUGAUGCAAUGCUGAAACAGAGGAGCACAAAAAAUCUCUCUUGAUGUUUGCUUGGUAACAUGACGAUCAUGGACAACUGCCACUAGCCAUGAAGCCGGAAGUGGUUAUGAAAUCAAAGUAGUCAAACCAUUCCACAAGUCUUAUCAGAGAGGCAAAUGCUCAUACAAAAAUAAAAACUAUUCAUUUCCAAUGCAAAGUUUACACUGAGAGUUUUGACAGGUUACAGAGAUUUGAUUAGAAAAACAAUUAGGAUUUUAAGAGAAAUGAUAAUGAAAGCAUUUCCCUUUCCCUCAUCAAGUGCUCACUUUGGUUAGCUUAGAAGAACUAAUUUUUCUGUUUCAAAACCUCAGCUUCAGCCCUAGCCAUGGGAUCAUCCUUCAUCUCUUCAUCUUCCUUUUCCUCUUCUCGAUCUUGGGUCAUUUUCUUUCGAUGCAACUCCUCUGCAGCCUCCAUUGCAGCCCGAUUCUCUGCCUGAAUUCGCUGCAUUUCCUCUUCUUGCUGCUGCCUUUCGAACCACGUGUCAGCAUCCGCCCAAACUACAAAAGAUUGAAGCAAAUACAAGCAGUGGGAAAUUAAGUGAAAGGAGUAUAAUUUGAUGGAGGCCAAAGCUCAAAUGGUAAUUCUAGAGAUAAGAUUUGGAGUAUAAUUUGGAGGAUGAAGAUAUAGAAUAAAGUGAAGUUUUUUGUGUGGGGAGCCUGCAAUGAGAUGAGAUCCUUCCAAUGUGUGCAAACCUGUGCAAAAAGAGAGUGCUUCAUCAACCAUGAAGUCCAAGUUGCAAAUUGAGUGAAGAAGACACUAUACAUGCAUUAUGGGGAUGUGAAGAGGUGCAAAACAUAUGGUCAUGCAACGAAGUCUCACUCGGCUGGACCACCCCAAGUUACCUAGAUUUUAUGAGUUUGUUCUGGAGAAUUUUAGAGACGAGUAAAGAUACAGUUGAACAGUUCAUUAUGUGCCCUAGAUGAUAUGGAAGUCAAGGAAGAGUUGGAUGUUUGAACAAAUAAGUAAGCCUUCGAGUUCUAUAACCUGAGAAGCAAUUAUGCACACCUGCAAGAAUAUAAAGAGAGUGUGUUUAAGAGGUGUGAGACCUGAACCUUCGCAAUGGAACACAAUUGAUCAGAGUUGGAAGCCGCCAAGAGCACCAUUGUAUAAAGUUAACUUUGAUGGUGCAGUUUUUAGAGAGCAAGAGUAUCUGGAGUUGGUGUACUGGUGCGGGAUGCAAAAGGGAUGCUUAUGGCUGCUUCCAGCAAUUACAGCAGCAAUGCAGGCAAUAAAAUUUGCCUAUGAGAUUGGGCUACGCGACAUUAUUAAAGGAUACUCUUUGAGUGUGAUUGAAAAGCUUCUAGCUCAUGAGGAAGACAGUUCAUGGUGGGCAAAUUUAGUACAAGAGGCAAAGAUGGGGCUAAUGCAGUUCCGAACCUGGGAGGUAAGCCACACCAGAAAUGAGGCCAACAAUACAACUCAUAUCCUUGCUAGACAUGCAUAGGGAAUCGAUGAUUGUGAAGCUUGGUUAGAG